AACAGGAGAGUUAGGAGGUGAGGCCGGACAUGUAGACCGCGGGCUGCAUGGGGACCUAGGGGCAGGGCUGUGUGGACUGGAUUGCAUUUUAAGAGACACCGGGAGCCCUUGGCAGGUUUUGACGACUGGGUGCCUGGCGCUGCUGUUUGCAGAUGAGAAGCCUGGGGGAGGAAGCAGAUGGAGAGAAAGAAGAACUAGGAACUUUGAGUUGCCGUAGAGCUCCUGGGGUCCCCGGAGGCGCGGCGGGGCUCCAGGGCCGGCUUUUCGGUGGGGCUGCGGUGACGCUGCUUUCAGAGCACCGGGGCCUGCAGCCCAGCCAGGAGGAAGCUCCCUGCAGACGCGGCCCAGAGGGCCCUGCAGAAGCCACAGGCCUGGGAGGAAGUGAGCCGCUUGCCCCUGGGGCCCCCGCCAACCUAGGGAACCCGGAACCCGCUUCUGUUGGGAACCCGGGGACCACCAUUCGAGCACCGAGGAAGCAUCAGGGCCGGAAAGGCAGCGAUGGAGCCAGAGCCCCUCUACAACCUGCUGCAGCUCCCUGGGAAGGUGGACCCACCGGCAGUGGAAGAACUCUCACAAGGAGAGAAGAAGAAGUUCCUGCCACCCACCUCCCGGAGAGACGCCAAGUUUUGAAGACUGCAGAGGGUGCUGAUGGAGUGGAUCAACGCCGAGCUCCUCCCCGAGCACAUCGUGGUCCGCAGCCUGGAGGAGGACAUGUUCGACGGACUCAUCCUGCACCACCUUUUCCAGAAGCUAGCGGGACUCAAGCUGGACGUGGAGGAGAUCGCCUUGACGGCGGCCAACCAGAGGCGCAAGCUCACGGUGGUCCUGGAGGCCGCCAACCAGAGCCUGCAGGUGGAGGAGCAGCAGGCCCAGUGGAGCGUGGAGACCAUCUUCAACAAGGACCUGCUGGCCACCCUGCAUCUCCUUGUGGCCCUGGCCGAGCACUUCCAGCCUGACCUGCCCCUCCCAGCCAACGUCCAGGUGGAGGUGAUCACCAUGGAGAGCACCAAAAGUGGCUUGAAGUCAGAGAAGUUGGUGGAACGUCUCACUGGAUGUGGCACAGACAAGGACCAACCUUCCAAGGACGUCUUUGAUGAAUUAUUUAAGCUGGCUCCAGAGAAGGUGAAUGCUGUGAAAGAGGCCAUCGUGAACUUCGUCAACCAGAAGCUGGACCGCCUGGGUCUGUCGGUGCAGAAUCUGGACACCCAGUUUGCAGAUGGAGUCAUCCUGCUCCUGCUGAUUGGACAGCUGAGAGGUUUCUUCCUGCACUUGAAGGAAUUCUAUCUCACUCCCAGCUCUCCUGCGGAAAUGGGCGGUUUGAAUGCAUCCUUCUGGGUCGUAACCUUUCCGCGGCUCCGUGGAACGUGAUCGUGUUGCUUUCAUCACCUCAAACUGUGCAUGGAAGAAAAAUGACGCUUUGAGUAGAGUGUGGUGAGAUGGUUCUGGAGCCCGGGGCAGCGCCUCCAGGUCGGCCUGAGCACUGUCGAGGAGCGGGACCCAGAGAAGCGAGCUCCAUCGUUGUCCUAGCGUCGACAGCAGCAGUCCACAAAGUGCGAACUCCUCUAUGGCGAGGCCAGAGCGCAGGACACUCAAUCAGUAUCUUGUUAAAUAAGUGAAAGAACGAAGUAUUUCCAAAACACUGGACUUGUGAGGGGCUCUGUACAAUGGAUCCCAUGGUCAAAUCACUUGGGAAAACAUGCACAGUUUCAAAGGCUCAGGAGAUGCCAUAAUGUAUUCAAGGCUCUGAGAAGUCCUGCAGCGAAGGACUUCCACAUGACUUGGUGGAAGCCAGCCUUGGCGGAAGCCAGCCUUGGCGUCUCGUUCUCACUCUGACCUUUACUCUCUGUGCAUCCUGUGAAUACUGUUCAUGACAAGAAUGUGAAUAACAGUGA